AUGCCUGCCGCGCCUAAGCAGAGAAAGAUCGCGAUCGUCGGUAGCCGCUCCGUGGGCAAGUCUUCUCUCACGGUCCGCUUUGUCGAACAACAUUUUGUGGAGAGCUACUACCCCACAAUCGAGAAUACCUUCAGCCGGAUUAUCAAGCAUAAUGGCCAGGACUACGCAACUGAGAUCGUGGAUACCGCAGGACAGGACGAGUACAGUAUCUUGAAUUCGAAGCAUUUCAUUGGUAUCCAUGGCUAUAUCAUUGUGUACUCGGUCACGUCACGCCAGUCCUUUGAGAUGGUGAGAGUGAUUCGAGAUAAGGUCCUGAAUCACCUGGGCGCCGACCAGGUACCAUUGGUCGUGGUGGGAAACAAGAGCGAUCUGAAGGGUGACCAACGACAGGUGACUCUUGAUGAAGGCCGGCAACUGGCGGAAGAGUUCAACUGUGGUUUCACCGAGGCCAGUGCCUUCCUCGACUUUAAUGUCGCUAAAGCAUUCGAUCUGAUCAUCGGAGAGAUUGAGAAGUCUCAAAACCCAUCACAACCCGCUGGGAACAACAAAUGUACGGUGAUGUAA